AAAAACAAAAAAAAGCGAAAGAGCAAAAAUCGAAAAUGCAAUUAAAAUGUUAAAGCCACAUCAAAGUGUCACUGCGCAAAGUGACGUGAAUUUGCUGCUCCAAAAACCAUUAAAAGCUCAUCAAUUAUUUAACAAACGCCGUUUUACGUAGCGGAGCCGCCAACGCCGCUCACUUACUCCCCGCCAAACCACUUCAUCCACAAACCAAUCUGUGUUUAACCACAAAUCAAAAAAGCCAACACUUGCUGUCAACAUGCUGGCCGAAAAUGCGCCGCUCGCCGUGUUGGUUCUGCUCACUUGGUGGGCUGGCUGCUGCCGCGCGGACACUGGCCUGCCGCUCUUACAAAUAAGUCAUGAUGAAGAUUUGGGUGAGGAUUAUCCAGAAAUGCGCGAGGAAGUACACCUUGAGGACUUCUUUUGGACUGGUUCUGGUGAUGGUCCACCUGACUAUCUAAAGAAAGUGCACACUGGCAUUAGUAAGGGCAAAGACGUGAUUGUCAAAACGGAGACCGUUGUUGCGACAGUUUAUGUGGACGGCAAUAAUGAAAUUGAUAUACCGAUAUGCUUGGAUUGUCCGCCAGACGAUGGCGGCGGUACUUGGGACGUUGGCGCGAUGCCACCACUUAAUUAUUCAGCGACAGAUCGAAGAUAUUGGCUGCUCACAGUGAUGUCGGGGUUUUAUUCACAAAAAGAUAAUCCGCUUUUGGAGGAGAAGUUGGCGCGAUUAUAUCGAUUGGCUUUUACGAGGCAACAGUCGAAGCAUUUAGGCAUCAAUGGUGCACAGCAGAUUGCAGGAAUUGCGGUGUCGGCUGGGAGAAAUAGGCGUGGUCAACAUGAGACCGACAUACAUACUCUAGAACUCACAACGCCUAAAGAUCUCGACGACGACGCCGAAAUGCUUGACAUGAUCGGUGGUGCUACACCAGCCAAUACUCACUUGAUUCAGCCGAAACGUAAAGCAAAUAGAGAUACUGAGUGGGAAACGUCUUCGGAGGAAAUCGAAAACAAUUUCUCUUCUACCAGCACGACCGCUUCCGAUGAAGUCACCACGUCCACAACUUCGUACACGGGAGCUACACGCGAAAGAUUGGAAAGCACCACACAAUUGCCGCACAUGACUAUGGUGCCAUGGGAGUUGAUACAGGAGGAUGCAAAAUCAGAGAAACUCAAAGCGGCAGCGGCACUCUUGAACACACAGGCUUCACUGGUACCGUUACAACCGCAGAUUCCACUGCUGCGUAAUGCACAAGUUCGUGUGGUUAUCCAUAAUAUCACACGGAUUACUGAGGACGAGGUGCAGAAGGGCAUACAUAGCAUAGGCUCGUAUGAUGAAGAUAUCAAUGAGAAGAUCGAUGAGCGUCCCAUUGCAAAUCAAACUGAGCUCAUCUACUCCGUAUUUGUCAACGGGCGUCCCGUGUUGGCAGUAACGGCAGCCAACGAUAUGAAACUGGUGUCUGAAACAGAAGCGUCGAAUGUCAUUGGGCAGGAGGUCUACAUGAAGUCCGAACCUUAUUUGCGCGAGCCACAGGCGACACCAUUGGCGCCUGCAAUACGCAGCGGUCAAUCGGGUUUCAUAGACUCCAUACAAAACAACACCGCCUUGGUGGUGGUGACUUCGCUUGCGAUCUUACUGCUGCUGCUUUUGCUCAUCGCAUUGUUGUUAAUGGGUCGAUCGCGUGUGCGUGAAAAACAGCGGUUAGAGGAACAAAGAACGACCAGCCGUAAUGAGCUCUUAGCUGAACUGCAAUCUGGACGCGGCGCUUCCACAGAAACCGGCUUAGACACCGGUCGAACAACAACGCACUCCCGUGAUAUUGGCGUACAGAACUUCUCAUUCGAGCACGAUGGCACACAUCAUGGACGCGAACCACGAAUUAACUUUCCAAGUCCGCCGGCAGAACGUGAAUACCGUCGGGAUUCACUUAGUUCAUCGGACAAUACAUCUGACUCUUCAGUCUAUUGUCCUAUUAAUCCGCCAGCGCCGGAUGUUCAACGUAUACUUGAUGAUAAGGCUGCGGCCUUAUUCGAUAAACAUCGUCGUAGGCAUGCGCAACAUGAUUACGAUCAGGCUGAGGGACAUGAGAACGCUGUAUACACUACUGUCAUUACGGACAAAAAGCAUGACAAGACACGCCGCAAAAACAAGCGACGUUAUCUCUCUGAGAAUCGCGUCGGUUCUCUAGAGACCAGUCCACGCACACACCAUGCGGCUCAGUCUUCGGGUGAUGAGGUGAUUAGCGGCUCUUUGGAUGAGGAGCAAUUGAGUCCCACAUAUGCGAAUUUCGAAAGGAAUGAGGCAUUUAAUCCGCACAACAAUUAUCAUCGCAACAAACUUUUACAUCAGAAGAGCGUUUUCGGCGAUAAGAUUGAUGUGGAGCAACUACCGACCGUAGAAGCUGUUAAUAAGGAGGUUAUACGCACAUUACAGCCCACGGAGAGGUCUUCCGAUACUGGUAGUAUUGGUUCGUUCUUAUCGAUGGCUUCUGUAAAAGCAUUUCCGAAAAGUUCACUGCCGCAGCCAUUGAAUCGGGUGUUGGAUCCGGUUUUUGUUACAUAUUACGACAAUGUCGAAGACCCUGCUGCAAAGAAACAAACCGCGCAAACACGUCCGUUGCGUAGGCAGCAGAGCCGACACGAUGCAUUGGAUGCAACAGCUAUAGCGACUAUAGAAAGUUUCCCCACACCAAAGGCGCCGUCACAAACUAAUUUAGGCGCUUCGCAGAGUGACAACCCAGAUCCGGGUGUUGUUGGCCCUGUAGUCUGGGAACGGCAUAAGAAACGUUUGAAAGAAGCGGCGGAUAACGAUGAUGCGGACGACAUGCUAAUGGGUUAUGACGAUAGGUUUGGCAAUAAUCCGGGAGCAAUAAGAGUUCAUUAUGAAGAUUUACUAGAAAGCGCCAUACACAUGUAUUCCAGUCAAGAAGAUUUGCCGAUGCCUCUGCCAACGCGAGACUUCGUUAAUAAACGUAAACCCACAAAAUGGGAAAAUCGCGGCUCAUCGGCGGGCGUAUCCAGCUUUGCCGCUCGCCUUAAUACUACCGACGUCCGUCCAGCCACUGCCCAACCAUUGAAAACAACAAAAUCCAACAACUCUACUCAACCGCCUUCACCCGCCAGCGGCGCUUGGGGUGGCAGCCUUUACGGUUCACAUUCUCCACUAAGUCGACCAUUGAGUGCUGGACCCUAUCAGCGCUCGGAAACAUUUCAGGUGGUUGGUCCACCCAGAUCGGCAACAAAUCGGUCUGCUGUUUCAGCGGAGCCACUUAUAGAGGCAAUAAAAAGCGAAUUACGACGAUUUAAGGAUGAUAAGCUUUAGAUUCUGUGGAUAAAAUGUGAAGCACAAAAUGAUUGCACAA